AGGCAAGCCGGCGGUCAUUGCCUGGGACAGAUUAUGAUUCGGCGAUAAAUGUUCACAUAUGCCGUAACGGUGUCCCAGGCCGUUCCAGGUAUGUCGGAGGCACACGAGAACCAGGCUUAAUAGUCCCUCCCCGAUUCCUGCAAUUGAUGACCGUUAUGGACUAAUUGAUUUACGUCAGAGGGCUUGACACGAUAUUCCAUUGUCCAAUUCAAGUGCUAUAAAUAAUCGCUGAUAACCUCCAGACUGACAAGGUUUUCCUGCUGCAGCUAAAUGUUCCCUUAUUAAUAAGCCUUCGCAAUGGCAGAAGUGCAUUUAAAGUGGCACCACACAUUUCUGUUCCUUUUCCAAGCUAUUUUAACAAUAGCGGACACCACUACCGAUAUUCUAACCAGUCUGGAAUACAAAGAACGCGGCCAUCAAAAGUGGUUUGCAGUGAGUCUGAGCAUAACACUGAUCACUCUCACCGUGCUGUGUGUUUGGUCGAUCAUUGCAACUACCAGCCGUGCAUGGGCACAAGACACAGACGAUGUCGAACGGCUAGAGCCAACCGCCAAUCCUGACGUGAUAUUCCGUAGCACCGGUAUCAAUGUGACUCUCAGCUGCUUGUGCAUGGGUCCGCCGUUACACAGUCUUCAGCUGUUCUUCUUUUGCGUGUGUCGCUUCAAAGAGCUUUGGAAGUCGAAGAAUGGGCUGCUCGUCGAGAAGGAUCGCCUCUACUACCUGUACGUUCACACGCUCAAUUUGAAAAUGAUGGAAGGGCUUUUGGAGAGUGCUCCGCAGCUGAUAAUACAAGUCUAUGUUAUGUUACAUGGCGUAGAGAGCGGCGAUAAAAUUGCACUUAUCCAGUGGAUCUCCGCGCCGAUUUCCUUCCUUUCGCUUGUCUGGAUGUUCACGUCCAUGGAAUUUCUGCGUGAAUUUGCAAAUUACAGCAUGAAGUUUGCACACGGUGUGCUAAUCUUCCUCAGCAAUGCUGGAACUAUCGCUGCCCGGACACUGGCCAUCAUCUUUUUCACCCGUUUGUUUCCGUGGUGGGUUCUUCUUGUUUUCUUUGUCCAUUGGCUUAUAAUCAAUUUAAUCGGAUUCUGGCUGUGGCGAUCGAAACGAAAGCAAGACAUGUUUAUAUUCAUUUUCGCGUAUUCUCCCUUCUACUUAUUCGUUUACAACUCCUACUAUUUAAAAAAGCUCCGGGGCAGUGCGCCUUUCACCGUGGCGGUCCAAAAUAUAUCAGCGAUCUCUUGGCACAUACUUUUCACCGUGGAGAACAUUGCCAUGAUAACUGCUUACUAUUUGGCAUCGCAUGAAGAUGACCGGUUUGGUGUUCCUGCCCUUGUUAUUGUUCUGAUUGGGAAUGUUGGAGGGCUAUUUUUGAAGUGUAUGUCGUGGUGCUGUUGUUUUAACGAAUACUCGACUGAAAACGAAACUUUUCGAAGGCCUAUGACAAUUGUCUUAAAAUAGUGAAAGUGGAAUCUAUUGGUGACAUUGAACUGCAAUCUGCAACUUUUGAAACGAUUAAUUUGAGCUUUGGAGUUUUAAAACGGUCACUUUGGCGGACAAAAUGUCAUCAUCACUGCCUAGAACUCUCUAAAAAACACUAGAGCUGCGAAAACGUACUGCUUGGACCUCUCCAACAAAUAUUUGAUGAGCACAAUAAUUUAAAUCAAGUUUUCAAAAACACUGUCGCGUCGGUUCAGACUCUUUUAAGUGUGUAUUUGAUUUCUUGCAUUAAUGAUUGGAAUAUAAGUAACUACAAAGUCAUAAUAGGCAGUGCUACAAAAAAUGAAAAAAGGCUUCUUUGUCGAGGUCAGUAUAAUGCCUACCAUUUCUUCUUUAGACCUAAUCAGGUUCAUGUAUAAACUGACUGUCUCAAAACUAAAUUUCCGCAUCUCUCGUGACAAUCUGUGUGCUCCAUUUCUUCAAUAGACAAAAGGUCUGACAUAUUGACCUUUUAUUUUUUCA